AUGCCGCGGGCUGCUCCAAACUUCGGGCAUGUGCAGAUGAAGGCCGUGUUGUUCAUGUUGCUUUUGGCCGGUCACGAUUGCGUCCGUGUGACUGAAGAAGUUCAAUGGUCAAAGUCCAAAUGGGACCAGCUGCAUGAGGAUUGCACUUGGUCGUUCACCAAGGGGUGUGGUGGUGAGGGAUGUGUGCGGAAGCGCUUGCCUUUGGACUUGACUCCUUCAGCGAGUUGCCGGCACACGGAUGCAUACCUGCUGAAGCACAAUGGUAUGAAGAACUUUCAGACCAUCGUGAACCACUUGCAGGAGAAGAGUGACAAGUUUGCCGAGUCUUGCCAAGGGGCCCGCUUUUGGAAUCGCAAGUGCAAGCGUCGCGAGGCACAGAUCUUCGAAGCGAUGAUGUUCAUCACCAGGGCACCGACUGACAAGGACUUUAUGUCCCAACUGGAUGAAGGUCAAAAAGCCACUGUUGGCGAUGCCUUGGGAAAGACCUUGCAGAACCUUGCUUCUUCAGAAGAAGAGCGCCAACUGAUCCAGGAGCUGACGCGGAAGAUGAAGGGACACGGAUCCGAGUUCCUGAAGAAUCCAGAGGAGUUCUCAGCCAAGGCCACCCAGCUGGUGAUGGAGCUACUGGAAGGCUCACCCGAAGAGAAAGAAGCAGCCAAAAAAGAGAUCUCCGAGAUGCCAGAGACAGCUCCAGCACUGUCAGCAGACGAGGAGGCCACCGCCAUCCAGAAGCUGAAAGACAUGGAAAAGGAGUUUGAAGAAAACCGUGGAGACAUUGAGCAUGCCUUGGACGAGGUGGACCAAAAGACCAACGAGCUAGUAGAAGAGGAGGCAGAUGAGGACGAAAAUGAGGGUGGUGACUCUGCCUUGCAAAUCCGUCCAACAGAAAUAGAGGACCGUAAAGGCACCGCUCUCCUUCUGAGCAUCAGCGUGAGCUGGUUUCCAAUACUACUCCUUGCGCUGACCAGCCCAGUGGGAUGGACCAUCCUCGCCUCCGUCAUUAUUUGGGGAGUGACCGCCAACUUUUUCUGUUUUCUGGAAAUGGAUGGAGCGAACGAGCACUACAAAGAUUGCGUGAAGAAAGUCCUUUUAGCUCCUGUGAAUGCGGUGAAAUUCCUGGCCAAGGGGGCCUGGCGGAUCAGUAAGAAAGCCUACCGCUUCAUUCGUGGGAAGAACGAGACCAGCACAAGUAACCUUCAGAUCACCAGAGCGGCUGCGCUUGGGGGGGAUGCCGACUUCUAA